GGUACUGUGUUAUAAAAUGGACGUUGUAUUCAGUGCAGGAUCAGACCGACAGGGAAUAGACUCAGUCCGCAAUCCAUCAGAGAAGAUAGCAGACCUUUUCUGAGCUCACUCAACAGCCAACUAUCAUUAUUGCUUGAAGAUAUAUACUUCUUAAGUCAAAAAAAAAAAAGAGUCUUAUUUGAAUAUAGCUUUGCCUAGUAUCAUCACAUUCAAUGGAUAUCUUGAAAUUCCAGCUGGUAAUAGUUACCCUGUUUGCACUGGUGUAUACAUACCAAGGAUUGUCGUUUAGUGUUGACAAGGAACACUGGGUAUCAAAAGACUGGCAGGAUGAGCCACUGGAAGAGAGAUUGUCCAGCCAAGUGGCUAGUCUGAUAAAGAGAUCCAAAGCCCGUCAGUUCUACGGGCUCAUGGGCAAACGCUCAGACGAUCAGCCGCAGCCUAUUAAAGUGGAUAGAAAACGAAACAAAGGGGACAUGUUUGUUGGACUUAUGGGAAGAAGAGCACUAAGUGGGGAAUCGUUCACGAGGAUCAUUCCAGAUGCUCCCAGCACUGCGGUCGAUGUCGCUGAGGGAUCAGACACACAACCAGAUUCACAAGAGGAAUGGGACCAACUCCAAUAUUACUAAAGCUAGAAAAAAAAAAGAUUUGUUUUCAUGACCUAUACAAUUUUGAUAUAGACUCAAAAAGAACUACCAUACAAAACGAAACUGUAUCUCAUACUUGUAAGAA